AUGAAAGCUCAACACGCUUCACAACUAUGCGCUAUGUAGAGCCCACAGUCAUUGGGUGAUACGGUGUCAGUUUCCUGCUGCGACUCUCGAUCACGUGACUGUCUUAUGAGUGUCCGAAAAAGUUGCAGCUUUACUUUGACAUCGAGCGCACUAGGGGCUACGAACAUGGGACUACUACGAGAUGAACUUCUGAAGUCAAUAUGGCACGCAUUCACAGCCUUGGACGUGGAUCAAAGUGGGAAAGUGUCCAAAUCACAGCUUAAGGUGCUCUCUCAUAACCUGUGCACCGUGAUGAAGGUACCCCAUGACCCAGUGGCACUGGAGGAGCAUUUUAAGGAUGAUGAUGAGGGCCCUGUGUCCAACCAGGGCUACAUGCCUUACCUCAAUAGAUUCAUACUGGACAAGGUUAGGGAUAACUUUGACAUACUGGAGUUCAACAAUGUGUGCUGGACCCUGUGUUUCAAGAAAAACAUCAACAUGAGCCAUCUUCUCAUCUCCAAUGAUGACGCCUUCAAGGUCUGGUGCAUCUUCAACUUCCUGUCUGAAGACAGGUACCCACUGGUCAUCAUCACAGAGGAAAUUGAGUACUUCCUGCGGAAGCUGAUGGAGGCCAUGGGAGGCAUUUGGAAUCAAGAGAGGUUUGAUGAUUACAAGCUCAUGUUGAACAGGAAGCAGCAAUGCCCGAGUGCCUGGGAGCUGAUAGAGCUGGUUGGCAUGGGCCACUUUAGUAAGGGCAUGAACCGCCAGACCCUGUCCAUGGGCAUCUCUGAGGUCUUCCAGGAGCUCAUACUGGAUGUUCUCAGACAGGGCUACAUGAUGAAAAAAGGCCACAAAAGGAAAAAUUGGACAGAGCGCUGGUUUGUGCUUGGACCAAACUCUAUGUCAUACUAUGUGAGUGAGGACCUCACUGACAAGAAGGGGGAAAUUUUGCUGGACCGCAACUGUUGUGUGGAGUCUCUACCAGACAAGGAGGGGAAGAAAUGCCUCUUUAUAGUCAAGUGCAGCGACAAAAGCUUUGAGAUCAGCGCAUCAGAUAAGAAGAGGAAACAAGAAUGGAUUCAAGCCAUCCAGACAUGCAUUCAGCUGCUGAGGUUGGGCCUACCCUCUCCGCACCGUGAGGCCAGGCUACGGCGCAGGGAGCUCAGGCAGAAACAGCAGGCCGAGAAGGGGGAGCUGGAGGAGAGGAUGAGGCUGCUGCAGAUAGCCAAUGAAAACAAGCAUAGACAGCUGGAGUCCAUGACGAAGAAACUGGAGGAGGCAGUGGCCACAGCGACUCUGGAGGAGCAGAGGAGAAAACAGACCCAGACUGACCUGCAGGACCGCUACAGAACGGACCUGGAGAGAGAGAAAAUGGUUCGUCAGCAGAUGGAGGAGCAGGUGGCCCAGAAGUCCAGUGAGUUGGAGCAGUACCUGCAGCGUGUCAGGGAGCUGGAGGACAUGUACCACCGCCUGGAGGAUGCACUAGAGGAUGAGAGACAGGCCAGGCAGGAUGAGGAGACCAUGCGCAAACUACAGACCAGGCUUCUGGAGGAGGAGUCAGCCAAGCGGGCGGAGCUAGAGCAGAUCCACCUGCAGCAGCAGAGGGCCAUCUCCCAGACCCAGGCUGAGAAGCAGGAGCUGGAGAACGACCGGCUGGCCAAGGAGAUGGUCCUGCAGGCAGCUAUGCUGCAGCUGGAGAGUCUUGAGAGAGAGAGGCACGGAGCACUGGAGCAGUACGAGGAGGUGAGAAUGAAACUGGAGCAGGCAGCUAAUAAGACCAAGAGCUGGAAAGACAAGGUGGCCAAGCAUGAGGGACUGGUCCGUCUCAUCCAGCCAGGCGAUAAAGGACCACAGAGGAUGACUAACUGGGGCCCAGCAGCCUUCACAGACACUGAGCUGGACCUGAGGAAGAAGUCCUGGCAGGAAAGGAAGAACCACAACCAGUCAUCCCAGUAGACAGAGGAUGGUGCUUCUUACCUGAUGGUCCAGAGAUCUUUCCACAAUCGUGUAGCAUCAGGAUACUGUUGUCUUGUGUUGUUGAGAAUUAACUAAUGUGUACGGUUGCAAAUUUCCUGAAACUUUCCCAAAAUGUCCAGGUUUUCCAGAAAUCCUUAUUGCUGAAUUCUCGAUUUCCUGCUUAUUUUCUCCUAAUUCUGGGAAUCUUCUGACUGGGAUAUCUGGAAUUUUUAAACCCUACUAAAGUCUUUAAGUAGGAAAAAGAGCUGUUAUGUUAAACUUUUUUUAAAAUAAUGUCAUGAGAAUGUAAUAAGAUUAAAGUAAUAAGAUAAAAGUGAUAAGAUGUUUUAUAUUUAAAAUGCCAACGCAUAAGUAGCGCAUCUUAUAAAAUAUAUUUAAAGA